UUAGCCUUGGCUCGCGCCUUGCCUCCCUGUUUGCCACGACCAGACAUCUCGGAUUCUCCAGAAAAGAUAGCAAGGAAAGAAACAGCAGAACUGAAGAGAACAGGGCGGCGGGCCCCAGCGAGCCCCUAUAUAAGAUCCGGAGUCAGGCUAGUUGGCGCUGUGCGAUUGGAUGGCACCCGUAGCCAAUAAGAAAAGCAACCCCACAUCUCCUAAUAUGCAUAUGCCUUGCCCUGCUAUUACGUAACUCGACGUUCUAGCCAAUCGGAAGAGAACCAUUUUGAUCCUUAUUUGAAUACAAGCCACACAAAUAGCUUGGGGCUGUGCACCCCUGGUGUGUCCAGAGACAUCUGCCAUCAUGCCUGACCCUUCCAAAUCUGCUCCGGCUCCCAAAAAAGGCUCCAAGAAGGCCGGCAUAAAGGCGCAGAAGAAGGACGGCAAGAAGCGCAAGCGCGGCCGCAAGGAGAGCUACUCCAUCUACGUGUACAAGGUGCUGAAGCAAGUGCACCCGGACACGGGCAUCUCGUCCAAGGCCAUGGGCAUCAUGAACUCCUUCGUCAACGACAUCUUCGAGCGCAUCGCCAGCGAGGCGUCGCGCCUGGCGCACUACAACAAGCGCUCUACCAUCACGUCUCGCGAGGUGCAGACGGCCGUGCGCCUGCUGCUGCCCGGGGAGCUGGCCAAGCACGCUGUGUCCGAGGGCACCAAGGCCGUCACCAAGUACACCAGCUCCAAGUGAGCGCGCCGCGGGCACCCGAACCCAAAGGCUCUUUUCAGAGCCACCCACACGAUCGAGAAAGGGUUUCGAACACGGUGAAAGGUUAUUGACAGGCGCCUUAGCAGCUCCUUGCUUCUGGGCGCCCAAUCUGAGUCUCCUGUGAGCAUAAUGCGGGAAUGUAUUUAUUUCUUAAAUGGGGUUAGGAAUGGAAGCAUAAAGGCGUGCUAGCAGAUGUGCGCGCAAGCUUCUCCGAGGGGAAUGUUAUGCCUCGCCCUCACGCCUGGCGAGGUCUGGACGCUGCUGGCCCCACGCUUGGUGAAGUCCCUGGUUUUUGCGCUAUCUUAUGGCGGGGUCUGGCUCUGCGUCAUUUUAGGACCUCUCAGUCCUCGCACGGUUGAGACAGACAUCUUUAUCCUCCUGCAGCGAACAUUCCAGGAAGAUGUUUGUCUGGCAAAUCCUUCAGUAGCAUUAAACUUGAAACCCGAACCACAACCCUUCCCUGGGCGCGAGCUGGAUGGUUUAAAUGUUCACAGCUGACCACAGCUUUGACCUCAGCGGGUGGGGGAGGUUAAUUUAAGAGGAAAAGAAUUCUUUCGUUUUGAGCAAAUAUAGCUGCUUCUCUGGGCAUAUUUUCUGGUAGUGUUCCUAAAACAGAAUAACCUUUCCCUUCACAUUCGUGGUAUUUGCUUGGAGAGUGAUAUUUUGGUUCUAGGGAAGCGUUUCGACACAAGUCUGCACUCCAGAGCCGACAUUGCUUGACUAUUUUUGAAUUUGGCUUUUCAUAUUUAUGAAAAAGGGGUUUGUAAGAAUUUGAAUUGUGGGAAUUAAAAGUAUUGAAUAUUGGUUAUUGUCUUGGCAAAUAAAUGUCAGUAUAUAUUUUCAAGUUGUUUCUCCUAAGGGAGCCUGUCUUGUGUCUGGAGUGCUGCAGAGGGGUGGAUCGGGGAUAAGAGACUAAGGGAAGCAGUCCCUGCAAUGGCUGUGUCUCUGCUCUCUUCCUGCAUAGGGCCACUAAAAUAAUUUCUGAAAAUUAAAAUUUUAAAUUUGAAAGUAUUUUUAUUGGAUGUUCAAAUAGUUGCAAGGGUGUUUAUCCUGAUAUAGUACCUUCUUAACAGAUAUUUCAAGGAAUUGCUUUCCCUAAACUCAUUUUUCCAUUUUCCUUCUGCCUCAGAAUUUCAUCCUAAAGCAAUUCUAUGUAUGUUUUUGUCUAUUACCCUUCUUGCAAAAAACAGUAUAUCAGUUGAAAUUUAAACAUUUCAGGUGACCAGAAGUCUCUCAGUGUUAAAAAAAAAAUUCAUCUGGAUGGUACAAAAGUGUUUCAGUCAGUGUAACUAAAUUUUUAUUUCAAUGAAUUGAGUGCUAGUUCCUUCUUCCCUCCUUUAGACUUUCUGCCUUGAGUACUGCAUGCAUCCAUGGGCAUAGACAAUCUUUGUAUGGUUAGUGUGCUAGCAGCGUACAACACUGCUUCCAUUCUGUUUUCUUUUGAUAUCUUAGAAAAUUAUGGAAAUAAACACAUAGGAAUUGAAAUUUUGCCAUAGCUAUUUUAUUCAAUACUUUGCCUUCCUAAUUUAAAACUUAAGCAGCAGCAAUCUAUCAUUGAAAUUAAAUUGGACCUGUCAACAAUGACUGAGAUAUUCAAGCCACCAUCCUUGACGUCGUAUACAUUGGAAAUGAAAUUUGUUUCUGUUUCUGUUUUGUUUUGUUUUGUUGGCAGUGCAGUGAGGUUUUAAAGCAGCAUCUGUAAUCACUUGAUAUAUGCCUGUCGAGCCAUGUGAUUCUCUACCUUAAGGAGACCAACACAUAGGUUAAAUAAAAUGAAGCUUGUCUCUAGCUGAGGAGUGUGAUUGUGUUAGCUGUAGACAGAAUCAGGAGCAAAAUGAAUGCAUCAUAAUUUACAAAUAUAAUUCUAUAAGAAUAUGUUUUGUUG